CAGCAAUGAGGGGGGUCCUCCCCUCCCCCCAGGGGUGGCCCUUUCCAGGCCCCCUCCCCAAGGGCCCCGGGGUGGGAGCCGAGAAGGGGCCGGGUCCCCACUGCAAUGCGUCUGGGAGGGAGCGCGGCAGCCGGGCACGCCCCCUGGAGGCCACUGCAGGAAGUCCCGGCCGAGCUCCGGGCAGGACCCUCGCUGGCCUGCCCCCCAGGCUGUCAGAGCACCCGAAUCCUCGUCCUCCCCCCUGCAGGGGCCUCCUCCCAAAUCCGAAUCCUCCAGCCAUGGCCACCCUGGUGAUGUCCCGGGAGGAGAAGCUGAGCCAGGACGAGAUCGUGCUGGGCACCAAGGCGGUCAUCCAGGGACUGGAGACCCUGAGGGGCGAGCACCGGGCCCUGCUGGCCUCCCUGCUGGAGAAUGUGGCUGGGCGGGAGGCAGGCGAGGCCGAGCCUGGAACCCAGGAACGCUCGGGGCUCCUGCGCCGAUCCCUGGAGGCCAUUGAGCUGGGACUUGGGGAGGCUCAGGUGAUCCUGGCACUGUCCAGCCACCUCGGGGCUGUAGAGUCGGAGAAGCAGAAGCUCCGGGCCCAGGUGCGCCGCUUGGUGCAGGAGAACCAGUGGCUUCGGGAGGAGCUGGCUGGGACCCAGCAGAAGCUGCAGCGCAGCGAGCAGGCCGUAGUCCAGCUGGAGGAGGAGAAGCAGCACCUGCUGUUUAUGAGUCAGAUCCGGAAGCUGGAUGAGGACCCUUCUCCCAACGAAGAGAAGGGGGAUGUUUCCAAGGAUUCUCUGGAUGACCUGUUCCCUAAUGAGGAUGAACAGAACCCAGCUCAGGGCUCCGGGGGCGGAGAUGCAGCUGCCCAGCAUGGCGGUUAUGAGAUUCCGGCCCGGCUUCGGACCUUGCACAAUCUGGUGAUUCAGUACGCCUCCCAGGGGCGCUAUGAGGUAGCUGUUCCUCUCUGUAAGCAGGCCCUGGAGGACCUGGAAAAGACCUCAGGACAUGACCACCCUGAUGUGGCCACCAUGCUGAACAUCUUGGCUCUCGUGUACCGAGAUCAGAACAAAUACAAAGAAGCCGCCCACCUGCUUAAUGAUGCCCUGGCCAUCCGGGAGAAGACCUUGGGCAAGGACCAUCCAGCUGUGGCAGCUACCUUGAACAAUCUGGCAGUUUUGUACGGCAAAAGGGGCAAAUACAGAGAAGCGGAGCCCUUGUGUAAACGAGCCCUGGAGAUCCGAGAGAAGGUGCUGGGCAAGUUCCACCCAGAUGUGGCCAAGCAGCUAAAUAACCUGGCCCUGCUCUGUCAGAACCAGGGCAAGGCUGAGGAGGUGGAGUACUACUACCGGCGUGCUCUGGAGAUCUAUGAGGCUCGGCUGGGCCCUGAUGACCCCAACGUUGCCAAGACCAAGAAUAACUUGGCCUCUUGCUAUCUGAAGCAGGGGAAAUACCAAGACGCAGAAACCUUGUAUAAGGAGAUCCUGACUCGUGCCCAUGAGAAGGAGUUUGGCUCAGUCAAUGGAGACAACAAGCCCAUCUGGAUGCACGCUGAAGAGCGGGAGGAGAGCAAGGAGAAGCGUCGAGACAUCACUCCUUAUGGAGAAUAUGGCAGCUGGUACAAGGCUUGUAAAGUGGACAGCCCCACGGUGAACACUACACUUCGGAGCCUUGGAGCUCUCUACCGCCGGCAGGGGAAGAUGGAGGCAGCUCACACCCUGGAGGACUGUGCCAGUCGCAGUCGGAAGCAGGGCCUGGACGCCGUGAGCCAGACCAAGGUGGUAGAACUGCUGAAGGAUGGCGGGCGAGGGGAGCGCCGGAGUGGCCGAGAGGGCACUGGGGGCGAGGGAUCUCGGGCUGAGCCGGAGCCUGAGGAUUCGGGGCCCGUGGCUGAGUGGUCUGGGGAUGGCAGCGGUUCUCUCCGGAGAAGUGGCUCUUUUGGGAAGCUCCGAGAUGCCCUGCGGCGCAGCAGUGAGAUGCUGGUGAAGAAGCUGCAGGGGGGCAGCCCCCAAGAGCCUCCCAACCCCCGGAUGAAGCGAGCCAGCUCCCUCAACUUCCUCCACAAGAGCACAGAAGAGGCCAGCCAGUCCAGCAACACCAACCUGUCCGACAGCCGCAUGCUCAGCUCCAGCUCUCUCGACCUCUCUCGACGGAGCUCUCUCGUUGGCUAAGAGGGAGGGGUGAGAGGGCUUGCCCCCUCCCCAGCUCCCGGGCCUUCCUUGGCUGCUUGUCUUGCCCACAGGGAUGGGGAGUGCAGGGGGAGGCCUGGACCUCAGCCUUCCUCCCGCCCUGAUUCAGCCACCCUUCCCCCGAAGGCUGUUUCCCACAGGCCCCCCUCCCCCAUUGUUUUUUGUUCAAUCUCAGGGUAACCUCCCCCCCUGUCAUUUCAGGCUUAGCAGCUCAAGGCUUAUUCCCCUGCCCCCCACCCGGUCUAGCACUGUUAGUCAUGAAGUGGAGAAGUGUCACAUUGGUGACAGUGCAGAGAGGAGCCAGGAUCUCCCCAUAUUUAUUUCCCUUCCCUACCUCCCAGUGGAAGCCAGGAAAGCACAGAGCAGGCCCCUGGAGCCCCCUCAGGGCCCUGGCAGCACUUCCCAGAGCAGGCCCAGCCACCUGGCCUUGGGGACAGACAACACUAGGAAUCUCCCUCCUCCCUUCCCCAGGCCUCUGCUUCUGUAUAUAGAGAAAUAAAUUAUUGGCCGCUCCCUUCCCUGAGCCAUGUCCAUGGUACCUCCCUGUGCCCUUCCCCUUUCCAGGGAUGCCACCCAGGCCUUAAGCUCUUGUAGACAAGGUCUUGGAUACACACAAGUGCAGAGGUGGGCCCCCAUGUCCUUCCCAAAUGAUGGGAGCCUGCCUUCUCACCCCCUGAAACCCCAUGAGUGUAGGACGGAGGUGCCAUGCCCCCAUCUACAAUAGCUGACACCGUUUUCACUUUGCCAGUCUGUGUUCCUUCCGGGCCUUAAAUAUGCCCCAUUUGAGCCACAUUCCAGGGACUUCCUAGCCCUUCCCUGCUGCCCUCUCCCUCCCAAGGUACCACCUGCUGAGCCAUUCCUGGGACUCCUGCUGCUCCUGGUUCUCCUCAGGCUCCUCUCCCUGUAGUGGGGAGGGGGCCAGGGCUGGGCGGGGGAACCCACGAGCUUUGUUCAGAUGUUGCUGUAGAAAUAAAGGCAGUUUGAAUCCAAA